AUGUUGGAAACAUUGGCUCAACGUUUGAAAAAUUACAUUUGCUCUAUCAGCAUCGGUGCCAAGUUGAAUUGUGAAGCUGCUGGCCGGAAUAUAGCAAUAGCAAGCGACGUGUGGCUGGCGUUGGCCGAUUUAGGUCACAAGCUGGAUCAACUUCCUGCUUAUUUACGCCAUCUUCGUGUUACUGGAACGAUAGCUAUCGCACCACCUCGCGAGCGCCAAGAACCACCCAUACUUCCUCCUAUGCUUGUUGGUCAGUCACGACCCCACCCACCAUACGUCCAUGAGUUUUUUCCUGCAUUUCCAGAGCCACACACCUAUAUCCAUACAGAGAUAUCUGGAGAACCUGACCUCACUUACGAAGCGGUACGGAAAACGGCUGCUCAGCGUCGAAGAGAAAUGGAGCGUUCACUUAUAAACUAUAUGAUGUGCAUGCACGCGUAUACUACGCUUUUUCCUCAGUUUGAAUCAAAAGUUCGGAAUGAAGCCAAGCAAUACCUCCGUGAUCAAGAACGUGAGCGAGAUUUCAAAAAGCAGCGAUUGGAAGCUAUAAAAGCUGGAAUAAUUGAAGAUAAAUAUUCUGACAGAGUUGAAGUAGAUAGUGAUGAGGAUUCUGAUGGUGAAAGCGAGGACGUUCUAUCGGAUGGUGAUCUUGAAGAGGUUGCUGAAACGGAAAUGAAUAUGAUGCUUCAACGUAUUCCGGUUACUAAUAAUGAUGUUUUAGUCAUCAAUCCGAUGCCAGAAGCUCGGCCGUUCAUGUCAUGCAUGAGAUCAGAUGAAAUGAAGGAAAAGGGUUGUGAUGAUGAUGACGAAGAGGAGGAAAGCGAAAAGAAGGAGAAUAGUGAUGAAUCACAUUUGAGCAAAACUAGGAGCAACCAUGCGAAUGGUGGAGAGGACGGAGAUGGUCACGGACACGCCUAUGACAAUCCCUACCUUCGGAUUGCUCAAAUACAGAGGAAAGAGUUAAAA